AUGCAUUAACAUCCCAAUUUUUGUCCAACUCAAUCUUUCUAUUAAGAGAAGUGCAUGCAAAAUAGAAAAAGAUUAUUAGAGUAAUUUAAAAGUACAAAUUUUAACAAAUAAUAUCCUUGUAUACAAGAAAAUUAAGAAUAAUCUAUUCAUCAAAUUGAGCCUUCUUAAAUUUAAUAAGUUUAAGAUAAUAUAUAAGAUAACAAUGAUAAUUGUGAAAUUAAAGAAUAAGAAAAAUAACAAUUGAUAGAAAACAAUCAAUCUAAUUAGAAAAAGAUCCUUAUGUAAUUUAAAUUCAAAACUAAGUUGUCUUAAUAAAUAAAAUCUAAUGAACUAUCAAAUUUAUUGGUUUAAUAAUCAAUAGAAGAUAAUGAUAAAUAAAUAACCAAUAAAAAUUAAAAUACUGUUGAAACUUAAACUGAUUUUAUAUUUAAUGAAAAUUAAGAAAAAUAAAAAAAUAAACCUAAAUUUAUUGAUGAUCAUUGUUAGACUACAGAAGAUAUUCCAAUUCAAACCUUAAUUAUCUAAUAAAUGAAGGAAGAUGCAUUAAAACCAAAUAAAUAAUGGUAUUCAAUAAAUUUAAAUUCAUCAAUUCAUCAUAAAUUAUUAAUGACUGAAAAAUUUAUGUUAGAUAAUAAAGUAGCAAUUGAUUAUUUUGAUUGUCUUAAGAAUAAAUUAGAUGAAAAUUGA